AAAUUUACAUGGUCACGGGAAUUAGGUGAUCUAUGUGACAUAUAUGAAGAACAUCAAAGUGGUGAAGACGGUAACGGGUUGCUUGUUGAAUCUGGGUGUGCUUGGCGCAAGUUGAAUGUUCAAAGAAUCUUGGAUGAGUCAACUAAAAACCAUGUUAAGAUGCUGUCAGAGGAAGCUGAACGGAAGACUAAAUCACGCAAGGCCAUUGUGUUAGAUCCUGGGAACCCAUCCAUGAAGAGUCAAAUAAAGCAAUUGGUUGUCGUUGAGGCAAAUCCUUGGAGAAUGCCUUUUAAACAAAAGAAAGAGCCUCCAUUCAAAAAGCGGAAGGUUGAUCCACCUCAAGUUGGAGUACUCCCUAAAUCUGCUCACAAAUCUGGAUUAGCUUCAAUUUCUAUGGCAAAGGUUAGACGUGCAGCAUCACCUCUACCAUCACCCCCUGAGCAAUCUGCUGCUCCAGUAUCUCCUGUUGGCAUUGGGAACAUCACUAAGAGUCAUGAAAUCGAUGAGGAAUCACCCGUGAAGGUGAAGAGCAAAGAGAAUGCUGCCAGCGCUGAAAAAAAUGCCCCUAACAGGACUAAUAGAAAAGUAGGGGAGGUCUCUGGGGGCAAAGUGAACCUUGGUUGUAAACCUGUGGAUUUGCCGAAUAUGCUGAUUACUCUCCUAAAGGAGCACCCAAAAGGGAUGAGGUUGAAGGAUUUGGAGAAAGCUGUUGGAGAUGUGAUCCCUAAUUCUGCAAAGAAGCUUGAACCAAUCAUAAAAAAAAUUGCAACUCUCCAAGCUCCAGGAAGAUAUUGCUUAAAACCGGGAGUGGAAUUGGACAGCUUCAAGAGAUUUUCAUCUGAAAGUGGAAGCUCACCUGAGGACAACAAUCGCCAAACCCCUGAUCCUGAAAAGAAUCAUGAUCAAGUGCCUGCUCAAGUACCAAGCUUUGUGGAGAAAGUUCCUGUUGCAGAUUCAGAGGAGCAUGCACUAGCAAGGCCUAAACGUGGAGAAGAAUCAAAUAUAUCACAAAAGAAUGAUAUCCAGCAGGAUUCACCUGAUUUUUUUGGUGAGAAAAAGGUCUCUGACAAUAGUGAUGGGCAGGCAGGAAGCUCUAGUGAUAGUGGAAGCUCUACUAGUGAAAGUGACAGUAGUGAUAGCGGAAGUGAUAGUGGAAGCCACAGCAGAAGUAGAAGUAGGAGCAGAAGCAGAAGCUUAGUUGGGAGUGGAAGUGGAAGUAGCAGCGACAGUGAUAGUGAUGCUUCGUCCAACAGCAAGGAGGGAUCUGAUGAGGACGUGGAUAUCAUUAGCGAUGAUGACAAAGAUACCAAGCAUAAUUUACAGUCAACAGAUCUGGGGUUCUCAACAUUGAGUCCAUGGCAAACCAAUGAUGACAGGUCUUUUCAAGAAGAAAGGCAUGAGGGUCAUGGGUCUGAUGCAAUUGACAUUGAGGGUAAUGGAUCUGAUGCAGUUGAUAUCGAUGGACAUGAAUCUGAUGCAGUUGAUAUUGAUGGUCUUGGAUCUGAUGCAGCUGACAUUGAGAAAGACAUGGCAGAUAAUGAACGAGAAAUUGAGAUGGCUGUAGAUACUAGUCUGGUUCCGAGAAAGGAUGGAACACCUUUGGAAGGAUUUAAACCCUUCACCUCUGCUCAAGAUGAACUGCAAGAGCGCCAAAAUUUUAUAGGAAAUUUGUUUGAGGACAUAGAAAAUAUUAAUAGUGCUACCUUCAGGCCUGAGCAAUCAGACAGUUCUGAGAGGGCAUCUAAAAGUAAAUCCAAAAGGGGAACUGAUCUGAAUCAAUUUAAUGAUAGAUCCAGAAAAAGGAAAAGAUUAAAAGCUGAAAAGCCUGAAAGCUUGAGUCAACCACCUAUUUCUGGGGAUAAAGAUUUUGAUUUCUCAGAGAGUGGAUACAGUUUAUCUCCUAAUGGACUCAUUGAAGACACUUAUAAGUGUUCUGCCAGUCAAAUGAACAGAAAUAACAGGGAAGGAAAUGCUAAUUUUGGCACAGAAAGAAACCAGAUAUUGUCUGGAAAAUCUAGUCCUGAUCUUAAGCAAUCAGGUCGCAGGGCUUCUGACCAAAGUGCACGAGCAAAGGCUCCAGAUACAGGAGAGAGAUCGGACAAACAUUCGGAGGGAUCUGGGCAUGGUCGUAAAGGUUCUGAAAAGAGCUUUCACAUCCAGGAAGGUUUUCCUGUUCAAAAAGAGAAGGCCUCUAGGGACGCUCAGAAAGAGGACAACUCUGUGAAGGAGAAAAGAAUUUCAAGAAACCAGAAGGAUGCUAGUGCUGGAGGCAAACAUGCAAUGGCUUCAGACACCCAUCAAAGAAAACAUGGUGAAAUGGUUGGAAAGUUCAAGGAGGCCUUGAAUUUUCCAGGUUUGGUCAUGGGGUCUUCGCCACAGGAUAACAACAUAAUGCCUCUAGAUAGAUAUCCCAUUAACGAAAGAAGUAUGCUCCAAAGAGAGUUCUCAGACUUGGAGUUGGGUGAACUUCGUGAACCAUUGCCUGAGGAAACACUCGGUAAGAAACAAUUUGAGAGGAAAAAUUCAUUCAGGAAUUCAGGAAACAAGCCAAGCAAUUCAGAGAACAAUACUUCUGAGUUAGGCAAAGGCAAAACUGUUGGAAAGGUGGCUUUUGAUAUGGGAAAGCCAUCCCCGCUAAAUCCAAGUGUUGGGGCUAAGAGGACCCCAGAACAUCAUGUUGAAAACUUGAACAGAUCUCAACCUGUAGUUGCACAGCCCCAGCACCAAUCUAGAGUUGAUAAUGUAGAAGUUGGAUCACAUUAUAAUAAAUUGGCGGAUGCAAGUAGGAAGUCUAGGCAAAAUGAAAGUGGAAUGAAACAAGGAGUCAGCCUAGAAGGUUAUGGUGAGAGCCAUAAGAAAGCACCUAUGAAUGGACAGCAUGACUCAAAACGAGGACUGAUUUCUCACUCCAUGAGGGAAAAUAAAACAAAUGCAUCUAAUCCAAUGAUAUGCUUGACUAAUGGACGGAAGAAUGUUAGUUUGAUAGAGGGAAAUGAUGGUGGUCAAAAGAAAAGAGAAUCUUCUCCAGAUGAAGACAGUUCUUCGUAUCUAAAGUAUGAGAAAGAUGAGCCUGAGCUCAAGGGACCAAUCAAGGAUUUUCCGCAGUAUAAAGAAUAUGUGCAGGAGUAUCAUGAUAAAUAUGAAAGCUACUUCUCUCUCAACAAGAUUCUGGAGAGCUACAGGAAUGAGUUCCAAAGACUGGGGCAGGAACUUGAGUACACAAAAGGCAGGGAUAUGGAGAAAUAUUAUAAAAUCUUGGGGCAGUUGAAGGAGUCCUAUCAUCAAUGUGGGGAGAGACACAAAAAAUUGAAGAAAAUCUUCCUUGUGCUUCAUGAAGAAUUGAAGGUGGUUCAACCAAUUCUACCUGCUUCUUACUAUUUGAUUGCUGAUAGCUCUCACCUUAAACAGCAGAUUAAAGACUAUGCGCUGUCAUAUGCAAAAAGCUGAUAGUGCUUUUUAUAGUGCUUUUACACGAGAUGCCAGAGAUGACCCUCCAAAAGUUGGUCGAAUAUUUCUGCUUCUGUCGGGGCCAAGGAAUGUUUAUUGAUGUUAGUGUUGAAUGAUCAGAGCACGUGUAAAUGAUUAUAGAUUAUUCAAACCGGAGGGUAGAUUCCUGCUAACGUGUCUUGACAACACAAUUUGUUGGUCCAUGGGGCAUCGAGUAUACGCACUUGGGGUUCUUCUGACUCGUGCGUAAGACGUGCAAUGUACUUCCAGCCCCAAAUUUUGUUGUAGAGUCUUGGGCAUUGUUUUGUUGCUGCACUGCUGCAACCAUGCAAGCCACAAAUUUUUGUGACAUGUGUAUAACAAAUUAAAGAUGGAAAUGUAGUUAAAUAUGUUGUGAUGAUUCUGUAAAUUGUUUUGACUUACGAGCUAGAAUCCAAUUGAAUCUCUUGUACUUUUGUACA